AUGGCGAACAACUUUGACAUGAACGAUAUGACCGUUGAACAACUUAUGGCACUUAGUGAGAUAAUCGAUGACAGCGACUAUGAAGGAAAUCUUGAGGAUGAAGUGGAGAAAAUCUCGGAGGAUAAGUUCUACCGUGUUGCACCUAAGGAUAAGGGUGAGAACGUACACGCGGAAGAGAAACUGUUCAUUGAUGAAGGUGAUAGAGCUACCGAUCCCAAGAGGCCGAGAAGACUUCCACUGAACUACAAGGGUAAGAGAGGAAUAAUGCCAACAUGGAAAUAUUCCGAGAGGCAGAAGGCAAAGGCUUUACUAGUCGAGGAGGCAUAUCAGAGCUUACUAAGUAGAGGAGUUGAAGGUCUACCACCAACAAUGGGAGGUAGAUGGAGAACGGACGAUCCUCAGGUAAACGCGGAGAUGAAGAGGCUCGAAAACCUUAGGAAUCCCAAGCGUCCUAGAGGUAGACCACUAAAGGUCAAGGUUGACGGUGAAGUAACCCCCAAAAGAAGGGGUAGACCACUAAAGACCGCGGUAGCCGAAACCAAAGAAGUUAAGGUUGCCAAAAGGAGAGGUAGACCACCAAAGGCUAAGGUGGUUGAAACUCAAGAAGUUACGGUUCCUAAGAGGAGAAGUAGGCCACCAAAGGCUAGGGUAGUCGAAACACCGAAACCUAAGGUUAGAAGACAGACUGUCGCAGAAAGGUUCAUAAGCCAGGGUCGGAUAAAACUCUCGGUUCCUACGGACAGUGUCAUAACACAGGUGGGACCAAAUAAGUUCACGGUGACAGUGGACCUCAGCAGAAAACCUACAAGGAAAGCUCCUGAGGUGCCAAAAGGUGUGACUCCAUGGAAACCUAGAGAGAGACCAGUUCCUAAGCCUAGAACUGUUCUUCCUAAGGAAAAACCUGUUCCUAAGCCAAGGACUAAAAUUCCUAAGGAAAGGCCUGUUCCUAAGCCAAGGACUAAAAAACCAGUGCCUCCUCCAAAGUUACGAAAGCCUGUAAGGGUGACUAGGGAAGUUGCGGAGCAGCCUGUGGUGGUUACACCUGAGGAACAUGAAAUCGAUCCAUUUGGAACAUACCUCAAUAAGCCAUCCUAUAGGAAAAUAGAAACUGCCGCAAAUGGAGCAGCUGUGACCUACUCAAUAACUCCAAACUAUACGGACCCACUGGACCAGAUGACAGCAAGUAGGCAGGUGGUGAGGGGAAUACUAGUGAAUGAGUUGAAGAGAAUGGGAGGUCUAAAAUAUACAGAAACAAUCAAGGUGAGAAUGUCGAAGGAAAUCGGUAAUGACAAAACAAAGAAGGAUUCAAUAUACUUCAAGUCGAAAACUGGAACUGCGACCAACUUUGAGGAUAUCGAAAGCACUGCGGCACAAAACCAGCUGACAAUCCUAUCUAGAAUCGAAACAUUCCAAAACCUAGGUUCAAACUGGAUUAUACUAAAUAUUGAAAGCCACUACGUUAACAUUGCAAUGUAUAAACCUCUAAAGGGUAGUUCAUAUAUGAAAUUACCCGCAGACAUUAGUAAUCCAAAAUGUGGUCUCAUUAAUAUGAAAAAUGAAGAUAACAAAUGUUUCAUCUGGAGUCAUGUGAGACACGUGAGACCAAAGGUCAGGAGAGCAACUACUAUAACACGACAGGAUGUUGAGUUCUCGGAAAACCUAGACUACGAGGGAAUAGACUUCCCUGUGAAAAUAAGCGAUAUUGACAAAAUCGAGAGAAGAAACUGUAUAAGCAUAUCAGUGUUCGGCUAUAAGGGUAAAAAGCAGUUCUACCCAAUAAGAAACUCCAAGACAAAAUACGACGAGCAUAUGGAGCUGCUACUCUUAGGUGACGGUGAUGGUAACAACCACUACGUUCUAAUAAAGGAUGUGAACAGAAUGCUCUUCAGUGUAAGUGGAAACUCGUACAAGAAACACUUCUGUAAAUUACGGUUGCCAUUGAGUAAUUUUAAAAAGAACAAAACAAUAGACACCUUACUUAUACAUCGCCAAAAACCGGAACUUAAUCACGGAACUAGAGCCUCUAAGGAACUUGUGAUAUUUAAUUAGCGCGUAAUUUGAUCCGCUUAACUUGUAAAUAUAUAUCUCAGUAUUUUUCAAUAGCGUCAUUCCUGAUGAUGACUGAAACCUAGUCGAAACGUUGAAUAAAAUGUUAACUAUAUUCGGAGUGUCUAUUGUUUUGUUCUUUUUAAAACACUUCUGUCUGUAUUGCCUUCAUAGCUGCGUAAGUAAGGAGUCACUGGAGAAACAUAGGGAGACAUGUCUCGAGGUAAACGGAACUCAAGCCACAAAGCUUCCGAGUAAGGGUACAAAAAUAAAGUUCAAAAAUCACAGGAACUCAAUGCCUGCACCAUUUGUAAUAUACGCCGACUUCGAGUCCAUACUGGUUCCCGAAGAGAGAAAAGUUGAUCCUGAAAGCUCUGAGGAAAAGAGUACUACAGACCUUUACCAAACACACAAAGCCUGUAGUUUUGGGUUGAAAACAGUGUGUCAUUAUGAUGAUCAGUACUCUGGUGAAUACAUAAGUUACGUUGGUGAGGACGCCACGAAUGUCUUUCUGAAGACAGUAUUGAAGGAGUCUAUUAAGUGCCGGGAGAUGGUAAACAAAAUAUUCAAGAAAAAGAUGGUAAUUACACCAGAGCAAGAAGCUGAGUUCUGGAUGACAAGAAACUGCUCCAUAUGUGGUAAUGACUUAGGUGACGAUAGAGUGAGAGAUCACGAUCAUGUAACUGGAAUGUAUCGUGGAGCUGCCCAUAAUAUGUGUAAUCUGAAGUAUAGAAUCACAUGGAAAGUUCCGGUGGUUUUCCACAACCUAAGAGGUUACGAUAGCCAUCUGAUAAUGCAGGAGAUUGGAAAGUUCAAGAUGAACAUCAACGUUGUCCCAAAUAAUAUGGAAAAAUAUAUUUCCUUCUCACUGGGUAAAAGUCUUGUGUUCAUUGACUCGAUACAGUUCAUGGCUUCUUCUUUGGAAGCACUUGUGAGUAACCUUUCACCUGAAGACUUCAGGAUAGUUGGUAAGAGGUGGACUGGUGAGGACUUCAAACUUGUGACACAAAAAGGUAUAUUUCCAUAUGAAUAUUUGGAUGACAUUAGUAAACUUAAUGUUGAGGGUCUUCCAAGCAGAGACAAAUUCUACUCAUCUCUAUAUGAGUCGGAGGUGAAAGAAGAAGAUUACCAAAGAGCGCUAAAAGUAUGGGAUCACUUUAAGAUGAAAACCAUGAGAGACUACCACGAUCUCUACCUGGAAACUGACGUUCUUCUUCUAGCAGAUGUAUUCGAAAACUUCAGGAGAACUUGCUUGGAAAAUUACAAGCUUGACCCUGCACACUACAUAUCAGCACCUAGUCUAAGUUGGGACGCCUUCCUGAAACAGUCAGGUGAGGAGAUAGAAUUG